UAUGUUCUCUAAGUUCCGAUGAAAUUUUGAUUUCGGAAGAUUUUGCACAUUCAUUUUUGUUUUUUAACUACUUUCGCUUUAAAGACAUGUGAAUGGUUUAAGAUUUAUUUAUUCUGUAAAAUUCUUUUACCUUAAAGCUUUAAAUUGUUGUUGUUUAAACUUAACAUUGACAAAAAAUGUUCUCUCGAACACUGUGUUUCCGAUUUUGUUAAAAUUUUUAGUUAUAUAGUAGAAAGGCGAAACUUUGUUGCUUUGUGUAACUCUUUCAUUUUCGUGUAAUGUUUUUGGCAUUCUUUUAGAAGUUUAAAAGUGUAGACUAUGCUUAAGAUACCUGAACUUUUUGCAUAUUAAGUAAAUUGCGCGGGAAUAGACGACCCCCGCCUCUCGGGGAGGGGAAAAAAAAAUCGAAAUGGAAAGAAAAACUGACUGUAUUCCAUUAGCAUCUAUGGAGGAGCUCAAUGUGGAAGGCUCCCCCCAAGUUAGAGAAUCUGUUAAAGAGAAAUCAGGUAUUGGAUGGGAUUUAUGUAGAUGUGCAUCUGAAAUGCGACUAAUCUCUGAAGAACAAAUUGCUUCACCACCUGUGUCGGGAUCUCCUGCUCCAAAUACUUCUAGACCCAUUUCUUCUAAGCAGCCUGUAAAGGACAGAUUAAAUCUUGUCUUCUUGAUCUUAAUGUUGCAUGGUAUUGGAACUCUGAUGCCUUGGAACAUGUUUAUUACUGCAAGUUCAUACUUUGUAGAUUUCAAAUUAAACAUCAAUGACACGGAUGGCUCAACUGAAGAAUACAGACAGCAUUUUUUAUCAUAUUUAGGCGUUGCUUCUCAAGUACCAAAUGUGAUCUGCAAUGCUCUCAAUAUCUUUGUUCAGUUUGGCGGAGGAAAUUUAACAUUCCGAAUUAUUGGCAGCGUUCUAGUUGAAAUCAUCAUUUUUAUAAUUACUGUCAUUCUAGCAAUGUUGGAUUCUUCAACAUGGCCUGGUGCUUUUUUUUACAUGACAAUGGCAUCUGUUGUUGUAAUUAAUAUGGCUAAUGGCAUAUAUCAAAAUAGCCUUUAUGGGCUUGCAGCAAAACUUCCAAUGAAGUAUUCUAUGGCUAUUAUAUUGGGAGCAAAUACAAGCGGGACAUUCACCAGUUUGAUAUCAAUUCUUUCCAUAGCAGCUUCUCCUAACCAGCGAACAGCAGCAAUCUAUUAUUUCAUAACUGCCCUAUUUGUUUUAUUAGCUUGUGUUGACACAUACUUUGCAUUACCUCUGAUUCGUUUCUAUCGAUAUCAUGACAGAUUAGAACAGAAGGCUAUUACAGAUAGUAGGACAAGUUCAAGCCAGCCUCCUUAUUGCAAAAUUUUAUGCAAGAUAUGGCCUCAGUGUUUCAAUGUCUUUUUUGUGUUCUUUGUCACUCUGACUAUCUUCCCUGCAAUUCAUGCUGAAAUAAAACCUAUAGAUCCUAAUUUUAUAAUUCCAGAUGUUUAUUUUACACCAAUUACUACCUAUCUCUGCUUUAAUUUCUUUGCAAUGGUUGGGAGUAUGGUCCCUAACUGGAUAAAAUGGCCAGGACCCAAAUUCCUGUGUGUGCCAGUUAUUCUGCGUGUUCUCUUUAUACCUUUUUUUAUGUUGUGUAACUAUAUACCUAGUAGAAGACGAAUUCCUGUGUUCAUCACAAAUGACUGGGCAUAUUUUGGAGGAGCAGUUGCAUUAGGAUUUACCAGUGGGUAUUACAGUAGUCUUGCAAUGAUGUAUGCUCCAAGAUGUGUUGAGACAGAACAUGCCUCAAUAGCAGGGAUGAUAGCUGCUUUGUUUCUAGUUCUUGGAAUUGUAUGUGGUGUGAAUUUUACAUUUUUUGUGUCUUGGCUUGUUGAAAGUAAAAUAUUCUGAUUAAGGUAUAUAUAUAAUUUUGAUUAAAUUAACUGGAAAAGAAUUUUCAUAGAUAAAUAUGUCUUACAGUACAUAAUGAUAAAUCUUAAAAGUUUUUAAUAAGAAUUUAAACAUGUCAAGCUACAAGAUGCUGUGGAAGCCUUCAUAUACGGUACUUAACAGUACAUCCCUAGAGACUUUGUUACAAUUUGUAUUUUACAGCAAAUUGAUGUUGUAUUUGUUAUACAUAUUCAUGCAUAGUUUAUUGCUGUUUUUCUAAUAUCUAUGUAAAAUUUCUAAUACUUGAGGGAUCACACAUUUCAUCAAUGCUGUUAAUGGUUGAUAUUUGUAUAAAAAAUAUCCCUCUAAAUUAAAUUUUACCAAUUCAUUCAUUUUUGUUUUGUAUAAAAUUUUCAGAGAAACUUUUUUUAUUAUUAAACAUUUCUCUCAGUAUUGGUUAACCGUCCUUAUAGGUCUGUUUUUUGUAUGGUCAUUGUCUUUUUAUACUAUCAACCUCUGAUAGCAUCCUUAGCUAGUACUUGUGUUUUGUUCCUGUGAUAAUAUGAAAGUUUAAAUUUGAUAAGUGUAUAUUUAGAACAAUUUAAUGGCAGGCACCUGCUGUUGUUACCUGUGAUGGCAAAUUUUCUUGCUAAGAUUAAGUAUGAUUCAUAUAUAUGUAAUUUACAUGAAAAUUUCUAUCUAUAGUUUUAAGAAUAUUUUUCCUUUUGUGCUUAUGAAAUCUUUUCAGUGCUCUGAAUUUGUUAGGAAAUGUACAUAAUCUAUUAGGCAAGCAUUUACAAAAUAAUUAACCAAAUCUUGUGUAAAACUGUCAGAUUGUUUCACAAUUAUAUAUGUGUAAAAUAUUCAUUUAAAAUGAAAUAUAUAGAAUUAUAUUUUAUAAAAAUAUGGAAAUGUGUUAGAAAAUAUCACUUAAAACAGUACCUAGACCAGUACUUUUUUUGUAUUUGUAUGGCAUGAUAAGAUACUGCAUUAUGUAUGGUUCUACAAAGAGCGUUUUCUUUCAUACUUCUGUUGAUUCUUGAAAGAAACCUUUUGAUACUAUUGUAUGGUAGUUUUUCUGAGAAAACAAGCAUCCUUCAUUUAAUUUUUUGUUCAUACUCAUUUGGAUGUUUAAAUUAGUACUAGUCUGUGUGAACUUAUUUAUUGUGUCUUCUGUUGCAAUUUAAACUUUAUACUUCCUCUUGUACGUGAAAAUAAAAUGAAGUUUAGUAAGUUAA